UCAGAGGGGGAGCCCCAAGCAACAGUUCAAGACAGGCACUUCCUGUGGCCAAGUGGAUAAGAGCAGCCUGCAUCCAUGGGACAGGCCCUGGGGAUCAAGAGCUGCGACUUCAAGGCAGCAAGAAACAAUGAGGAGCACCAUACCAAGGACAUCAGCUCCAAGCGCCUCAUUGUGAGGAGGGGACAGCCUUUCACCAUCAGGCUGCACUUCCGGGCGCCAGUCCAUGCAUUCCUGCCUGCCCUGAAGAAGGUGGCCCUCAUUGCACAAACAGGAGAACAGCCUACCAAGGCCAACAGGACCCAAGCCACGUUCGGGAUUUCCAGUCUGGGGGACCGCGAGGGGUGGAGCGCGGCGGUGGAGGAGAGAGAGGCGGAGUCCUGGACCGUCUCUGUGACCACGCCCCCAGACGCUGUCAUUGGCCACUACUCGCUCCUGCUGCAGGUCUCGCGCAGGAAGCCACGCCUCCUGGGCCAGUUCACCCUGCUCUUUAACCCCUGGAUCAGAAAGGAUGCUGUGUUCCUGGAGAACGAGGCUCAACGCUGGGAGUACUUGCUGAACCAGAAUGGCCUCAUCUACCUGGGCACCGCUAACUGCAUCCAGGAAGAGCCCUGGGACUUUGGUCAGUUCGAGAGGGAUGUCUUGGACCUCAGCCUGGACUUACUGAGUGUGGACAAGCAGGUGGAGGAGUGGGGCAACCCUGUGCAUGUGGCCCGCAUUUUGGGCUCAUUGCUGCAUGCUCUCAAGGAGAAGAGCGUCCUGCCCACCCCGCAGACCCAGGCUGACCAGGAAGGGGCCUCAGUGAACAAGCGCCGGGGCAGCGUGCCCGUCCUGCGGCAGUGGCUCACAGGCCGAGGCCGGCCUGUGUAUGAUUGUCAGGCCUGGGUGUUGGCUGCUGUUGCUUGCACAGUGCUGCGGUGUCUGGGGAUCCCUGCACGCGUCAUCACCACGUUCGCCUCAGCCCAGGGCACCCGCGGGAGCCUGCUUGUGGAUGAGUACUACACUGAGGAGGGCCUGCAGAACGGAGAAGGCCAGCGAGGCAGAAUCUGGAUCUUCCAGACUUCAACAGAGUGCUGGAUGACCCGGCCUGCUUUGCCCCAGGGUUAUGGUGGAUGGCAGAUUCUGUACCCAAGUGCUCCAAAGCAAGGUGGAGUCCUGAAGGCCUGUGAUCUGGUCCCUGUCAGAGCAGUCAAGGAGGGGACGCUGGGGCUGACCCCCGCAGUAGCAGAUGUUUUCACCGCAGUGAACGCCUCAUGUGUGGUCUGGAAGUGCUGUGAGGAUGGGACACUGGCACUAACCAAUUCCAACACUAAGUAUGUGGGCAACAACAUCAGCACCAAAGGUGUGGGCAGUGACCGCUGUGAGGACAUCACUCAGAACUACAAAUAUCCUGAAGGAUCUCUUCAAGAAAAAGAAGUGCUGGAGAGAGUGCAGAUAGAGAAACUGGCACAUGGGGAAGACAAUGACAUCUAUCCUCCCAGUUUUGAGACUGCUGAUCCUCUGUACCUGUUCUUGGAAACACCCAGCUCCCUGCCCCUGAGAGGGGAUGCCCAGGUCUCCAUGACCCUGGUUAACCCCAGUGACCAGGAGAAGGAUGUGCAGCUGACAGUUGGGGUGCAGGCGAUGUACUACAAUGGCAUCCUUGCUGCUGAGCUCUGGAGAGAGAAGCUGUCCUUUACACUCAGCGCCAACCUGGAAAAGAGAAUCACCACCAGCCUGUCCUUCUCCUAUUUUGAGCGGAGCCCACCCGAGAACAGCUUCCUCAGACUUACAGCUGUGGCAACACACUCAGCGUCCAGCCUCAGCUGCUUUGCUCAGGAAGACAUCGCCAUUUGCAGACCAUGCCUUGCCAUUGAGAUGCCAGAGGCAGCAAAGCAAUAUCAGCCUCUUAAGGCUUCCGUCAGCAUCCAUAACUCCCUAGAUGCCACCAUGAAGGACUGUGUGAUCUCCAUCUUUGGAAGGGGGCUCAUUCACAGAGAGAGGAACUACAGAUUAGGUCCCGUGCGGCCUGGAAACACCUUGUGCACCCAAUUCUGGUUCACACCGACAAAGGUGGGGCUCCAGCGGCUAUAUGUGGAAAUGGACUGCAACAUGUUCCAGAACCUAACCAACUACAGAAGUAUCACUGUGGUAGCCCCUGAACUUGCAGCUUAAACGGCCGGCUCCAACAUCAUUUACCCCAACUACCCCAUUGUAUCUAUGAUCAAUAACCAAAUGUGCUGGAAGGGAAACUUUGCUUAUCAGACAAAUGAAUCUCUGUUCAUUUAGUUGGGCAGAAGAGUGACUAAGAUCUGGGGAUCUUUCUGAUUCCCAGAAAUCAAUAGAAAAGACAUUCAUAUUUGUCACUCCUGCUUAAGGCAGCCUCAUGAAGACUAGUUGUCUUAGAAACUACUGGGCUUGAGUGAUAAAAGGAAAUCUUUAAAAAGGUACUCAGAUAAGUACAUGCAGAUUUUUCUGGUUCAGGGUUUUCAUAACCAUUUUAGUGCUAACACAUUCAUUAACUUAUAGGUAAGGAUAAGAACCUAACAUUUAAAUCAUUAAAUCAUUCUUAUAUUUCCGAUGAAGUGGGACAAUAUUAGCUAAAAAAUAAAUU